AUGCCAUCUUUGCCUAAACCGUCGAAUUCAACACUCUGUGAUACUCUUCCAGCACCCAGAUUGUCCAGAGACACCGAUAAUAUCAUGAGCAGCUAUGCCGAUGAAAAACUUGAGGUGCCUACGCUCUCAAGGCCCGUUUCCGAUAGCCCUAGGCCUUCUGUCAUCAAGGAACCUUUAAGGUUGUCCUCAACAUCACUUCAGCAGCCUCCAGGAAGAAAAUUAUGUGUGAGGCACCAGCGGAUGGCUGACGAAGGGACCAAUCUAAAGCUUCAACAUUCUUUAGAUGCCUUAUCAUUGGAGGAACGGGAAGCUGUUAAUGCGAUCUGGUCCAGCUUUUCAUCCUCUUCACAUCCACGCCGUGCUCUCAUCCUACAAGGUCUCCUUACUAUGUGUUGCUUUUCGCAACUGUCACUGUUAACGGAGCAGCUUGCGCAUCUUAUCCGUAUCGAUCCUUUCACUGUCCUUCCUCGAGAGCUUUCCUUAAAAGUGCUCAGCUACCUUGACGCUACUUCCCUAUGUCGCGCUGCACAGGUGACGAAGAAAUGGAAGAGCUUUGCGGAUGAUGAUAUUUUAUGGCGGGGCAUCUGCGAGCAGCACAUCGGUCAGAAAUGCCAUAAAUGUGGCUGGGGAUUACCAGUUUUGGAAAAGAAGAAAAUUUAUCAUUUGCCUGGGUCGCCUUGCCCUUCUCCUGACCUGCCUUCCUUAAAACGGUCCUUGGAAGAUUCGACGGAUCUAGUCGCGCCUCCGUUGAAGCGGCAGCGAUCGGACGUACUCCAUCCUUCAUCUGACAUUAACCCUGAUCUUGAAUCCUCCUCAUCCUCCUCGUCGCUUCUUGCUCUCACCGACACCAAGCCCGCUGCGACCACCCGACCUUGGAAGGAUGUCUAUAGUGAACGAAUGACUAUAGAAAGAAAUUGGCGUCGAGGUCGCUGUACUGUUCGUACACUUAAAGGACACACAGAUGGUGUUAUGUGUCUCCAAUACAGCGAAACGUUGACACACCCCUCAUUUCCUGUUCUCAUCACUGGAUCCUAUGACCGCACCGUCCGAGUUUGGAACCUAGAAACUGGCGUCGAAUUACAUUGUCUGAAAGGACAUACGAGGGCCAUCCGAGCUUUACAGUUUGAUGAUGUUAAGUUGAUCACUGGGAGCAUGGAUAUGACUCUCAAGGUGUGGGACUGGCGGCGAGGUCGGUGUAUUCGAACUUUGACGGGACAUACCGAAGGUGUCGUUUGUCUUAAUUUCGAUUCAAACGUUCUAGCCAGCGGGAGCGUUGAUGCCACCAUUAAGGUAUGGAAUCUUCGCACAGGAGGUGCUUUUACUCUGCGAGGACAUCAGGAUUGGGUGAACUCGGUUCAAUUGUGGGAUUCUUUAAAGACCGGUCAGUCCUCGGCUUCGUCAACCACCCCAGUAUUCGAUGUACCUGGUUGUGGGGCACCUCAGAUCGACCCCGGCAAAAUGCUUUUUUCCGCUUCCGACGACGGAACGAUCCGAUUAUGGGAUCUUACUCUUCGUACAUGUAUCAAACAGUUUACGGGACAUGUCGGUCAGGUUCAGAGUAUCAAACUGCUUCUGGCAGAUGAAUGCGAUGAACCGGCGGAUGUUGAAAUCGCCGACCUUGAUCAAGAGGAACGCACACUCAACCACGUCGUCGCCCUUGACUCUUCUUCCCCGUCCCUGGCAUCUACUUCCUCGAGUAGUUUUGUAUCAGAUCAAAGUUUAGCUUCACGACCGGUGGCAUCAACAGUAUCCAGAACCAAGAAACCAUUACUCGUUUCGGGCAGUCUUGAUAACACCACCAAGAUCUGGGAUAUCGAAACUGCCCAGCCUAUCCAAACGUUUUUCGGGCAUAUUGAAGGUGUAUGGAGCGUCUCUGUCAACAAGAUGAGGCUUGUAAGUGGCAGUCAUGACCGUACAAUCAAGGUCUGGAAUCGUGACGAAGGGCGCUGCGUAUCCACUCUUGUAGGACACACUGCUGCUGUGAGCUGUGUUUCUCUUGGGGAAGACAAGAUCAUUUCUGGCAGCGAUGAUUGCGAUGUCAAGAUAUGGAGUUUCAGUGGUUAG